UCUUUAAGAUAAGAUUACGAUAUCUAUUUAAUAGCUCACACACUACACAUUAGUCUUUGUUGUAAUUUAACUUGGUAAGUCAUGGAGAAGUCUAAAUGCCGUGUUUAUUCCAGGUUCACUGUGACCAGGAGUGAUGGUAGUACCGUGAAACUUAGGAUACAGGAUAUGCCAUUGGAGUAUUUGGAUGCAGUAGUGGAUAUGCAUUCAGAAUAUUUCACUAAAGAUGAGCCUUAUCAUAGAGCAGCAGGAGUAUAUAAAAGUGAACAUGCAAAAGCAGAAUCCAGAGAGUUAAUGAAGACAGCGCUAGAACAUCUCCAAUCUCACGUGGACAUAUGCUGCGUGGAUGAUGAUCCUGAUGUGAUAGGAGAAUUGGCAGGUGUAUCUGCCACGCACAUUACCAACAAAACUAUGGAUUUGGGAGAUAUCCAGAAUGUGGAAAAGUUCUACGACGACUUGUUCAUACUUGUCCAUCCGGACUUCAGGCGGCUUGGGAUAGCAAAAGAAUUCGUUAAAAAUAGACGUACUGUCUGCAAACUAGAAAACAUAGCCGUGACUGCCUCAUGGAUGUCGUCAUGGGGCACCCAAAAAGCUGGUGAGCAAGACGGCUGGCAGACUGUUGUGGUACUGUGUAACGAAGAAAUUGGCAAAAGAUUUGACGUUGUCUUCGAAGAUGCUCCGCCUACUAAUAAAUACAUGUUAACUAGAGUUGACCAAUGAGAAUUUAUGUUCUAGCAUAUCUGCUUGUUAGUUCAAUUAGCUGUACCUAAGACAUGUCUGUAACUCUUUAUCGAACUCGUGCCCGAGAUCUACGAAGCUAAUUUUUCAAGCCAGAAUAGCAAGCUAGUGUUGGCAAGUUAGUUAGUGCCAUUAUCUUCGUUGUUAAGGAUCUUACUAUAACCUAUAACAUAAGCUAGUUCUGAAUCCACAAAGAGGUUUCCUGACUUCGAAAACUAACCUCUUAUAUCUGGGCCAUUACAGAAGAAAAUUCCAAAUCUUCUUAAAUAUUUUCGAAAUAUGUAAAAUUUAUCUCUGAAUUGACAACGGCGCCAAAAAAUCAAAUAAAAUAUUAUCG